GGUGGAGUGGCCCGCGGACUGGGCUAACGAUCCUUCCACCAUGCUGACGGACAGAGAUGGACAGAGAUGGGUGAUGAUGAGGCAGGCAACCAUCUCGGUUCGGUUCAGUUCGGUUUCGUUUCGCAAGUUGGCUUCGCGCUGCGCCUCCGGCAACAGCUGAUCUGUUUCUUCUCUUCUCCUGACUGACAUCAAUCCUUCCUUUGAAUCCCCAUAUUUUUCUGCUUCUUUCUUCCUUUCUUUUCUUCUCGUCAAUCCACACACACAUUGCUCAUCUAGCAGUUCAUCAAUUGUCAUUCCAAUUUUCUCUUGUUUCGUUAUAUUUCGUUCUAUUUUUGCUGUAUACUUCGCCAACACCACUCACUGUCUACGCAUUCCAAUCAAGCCGUCACCAUGUAUCGCGAUAUCGCGACAACCCUCUACAAGCGGGGCGAAGCCUCGAUGGACGGCUAUGAGAUGCCAGGCUGGGCUUGGGGCGUCUUCUUUGUCAACUUCCUGAUUUUCUUUCCUAUGCUCUUGAUUGCCACGUACACCUUCCAACACGUCUACCCAACUCUCGCCAUCGUCGAGGACCCGUCGCCCCCGGCUUAUGAUCCCGUUUCUCUCAACGAAGAUGGCCAGUCCAUCGCCGAAGACGGAUUCGCCAACUCCGACACUGCCGCCGUAUCCGAGACUCCCGCCGUCACUUCAUCCCUCCGCAGCACCCACCGCGCCGUCUACGCCAUCGCCGGCUGGCGAUCUCUCUUCCGUGGCUAUGGCGCCUAUCUCUUCACCACCACGGCAAUGUCAGUUAUCGCCGCUAUCUUCGUCGGCGUUGGCAUCCCCUCCUUCAUCGCCGCGCCCCUCGUCGGCGUUGCUGCUGCCCAGCCGUAUGCCGCCUGGACACACAUCGUCAUCUCGGCCCCGAGCCCCAAGUACUUCUGGCAGCGCCUUCCACCGUUCUCGCGCACUUUCAAGGCCACUGCUGCGCCUAUCGCCCUAUACGUCUUCGCUGCUGAGCUCGCUACCUACCUUCCGCGUUACAUCUCCACUGUGCUCAAUAUGACCAUGUGGAACCCCAAGGAGCCCAACAGCCUGCCUCAGUACAACAAGGACGACGCCUGGAAGGGCAUUGUUGUCCUGCUGAUCAGCCUCACGCUGAAUGUUUUCCUCGUUAUCCCCGCUCAGGUCGUCUUGACUCGUGUCCAGGCGUCAUUCCUACCCGAGGACGACGAUACCAUUGUACCUUUCGACCGCUCGUUCGGCGGCAAGGUCGAGCCUGCUAUUGUCGGUGGCAAGGGCUACGUCAACAUGAUCGAUGCUUGGAAGAGCUUCUCGCGCGCUUCCUGGAUUCGCCUCGUUAAGCUCUAUGUCAAGGUUUUCUUGAUCAUUGUCACUCUCACCCUCGUCUGGGUCGCCAUUCUGAUCCCUCAGUAUAUCCUCAUUGCCAACAACAGCCGCAAGACCGGGGAACUGUAGACGACGUUGUUUUGCAAUUAGGUCCCGAUGGCCUACUCCUUAAUCAACGUAUCCGUACCGUGCGCAUGAAUUGGCAACAAUACUAGUACACUCUCAACACCCUCUCCAGGCUUGGCAAGGUCUCUGCACGCAUGCGGGUGCCACAUUUCUUAAAUAUCAUAUUGCUAGGGUUACAGCGUAAAUUGGAUCAUGGACAUCUGGAACUUCUGAUUCCAGCGUGGCUUGGGUAAUGGUCUAUUACAAUUGUUCGUGGGCAGGGAUAUCCACGUGCAUGAUUGACAUGAUAGGAAGGUUACUCGAUAGAAUAAAGAUCAUGACAGCUCAAGUGAAAGUAUCUCGAAAUUGAGACUUUUCCCAAUACUCCUCUGAAUAUGAUGACAUGUAGGGCAUAUCGUGAUGGUCAAUUGAGAUGCAACUCUUGUAGCUAACAAACGCAUCGCUGCCUAUUCGCUCCUAGGCGCAAUACUCUAUAUCUCACUGACCAUGAAUGACAUUCCGAGCGCUGUAGGGUAAAGCUUGCAAGAGAAAGAAAGAAAAAAA